AUGUGGUCGCUGGUCGUAUUUCUGUUGGCAACCAUUGUCACUGCUGCAGCAGUACCUCUUGAAGAGCGACAGCAACUCGAAUUUGACUACAUAGUCGUAGGUAGUGGAGCUGGCGGCGGCCCUCUGGCUAGCAGACUAGCACGAGCAGGAAACAGUGUGCUUCUGUUCGAGUCGGGAGAUGACCAAGGCUCUAAUCACAACUACAGCGUACCAGGCUUCCAAGCUGCUGUCACGCAAGACAGUAAGAUAGCAUGGGACGUAUACAUAAACCAUUACCAACAUCAGGCUCGCGCUCGCAGAGAUCCAAAGUAUGUUGAGGGCAAAGGUAUUCUGUAUCCACGUGCAGGGACAUUGGGUGGAUGUACAUCCCACAACGCCCUUAUCUGGAUCACACCACACGCCAGCGAUUGGGACAACAUAGCUUUGAUCACUGGCGACUCCUUGUGGUCUUCAGCAAACGUGCAGAAAUACCUCGCCGAAGUGUACGAGUGGCAACCUGUAGCUCCCGCGGAUCCAGCUAUCCUGCUCAAGGAUACUAUGCUUGUUCAACAUUUGGCUGGAGGUGCUGCUGUCAUGGGUAUCGGGCCAGAUCCUCUCGCAGCCGUGACAGGACUUGGCGGCACCUUGCUGGUGGACCCAAACAACACACCUGGGCGUGACUCGCUGGAGGGCUUCUACCAGAUACCUCUGAUUCAAAGAGGCGGCAAUCGCAUCACAGUGCGAGACUUCAUAGUCAAUACUGUGCGGCUCGGCUUCCCGCUGACGGUACGCAUGAAUAGCCAUGUCACAAAAGUCAACUUCGAUACGAGCAGUGGCACCCCCAAGGCGGUGGGUGUCGAUUUCUUGGACGGAUCGCACCUUUACCGCGCAAGCCCAUUGAGCGGCGCUUCUGGUACCCCCGGCUCCGCUCGUGCAGGAUCGAUAUGA